AUGUAUAAUGUAACCAGUCUCAUUGUUCGUCAGCACUCGCUCGGCGCCGGUACUAUGUUCAAUAAUAAAGUAGUUUUAGUUACGGGAGCCAGUUCGGGAAUAGGCGCGUCUUGUGCAAUGAAAUUUGCCGAAUUAAAUGCCUCUCUAUCACUAAUUGGAAGGAACGUUAACAAACUUAAUGAAACGGCUAGCAGCUGUGAACAAAUCUGCGGUCUAAAACCAUUGAUUAUCGUUGCCGACAUUACAAAUAUAGAUGACAUCGACAGAAUUAUCAAUAACACAUUAAACAAGUAUGGAAAGAUUGAUGUUCUUGUGAACAGCGCUGGAGUAUCUUCAUUAGCUGGAAUACAACCUGACAUCGAAGCUUUCGACUACGUAAUGGCAAGUAAUCUUCGAGGGCCUUAUCUUCUUACAACUAAAGUUAUACCCCAUCUCAUUGAAACGAGAGGAAACAUUGUGAACAUUUCAAGUAUGCUCUCAUUUAAGCCGUUGCCCGCAAUGACCGCUUAUUGCAUGUCAAAGGCAGCCAUCGACAUGUUUAGUAAAUGCUUGGCUUUGGAGCUUGGACCGAAAGGGGUGCGAGUAAAUACUGUGAAUCCCGGACCUGUGAGAACACCACUCUUCACAACAAGCGGCAUGAAAGAAAGUGAUGUGAAAGCAAUGUUUCGAAUCGUAGAAUCAAACGCACCGCUACGUAUAGUUACCGAAGCGACUGAUGUAGCAAAUAUUGUGACAUUCGUAGCUAGUGAGAGUGCCCGUUGCGUCACUGGGUGUUCAUAUUUCGUUGAUAGCGGACUAAGUUUAGGCGAUGCAAAAUAA